UCAAACAGGAGGGUAACACCUUCCAGUUGAAUCGGUUGCUGCAAAUCCCGAAGCUCGACCAUGUUUAGCACAACCCGUCUCCAAGCCCACUGACCACUCGGCACCCCAGACCCCACCCGACUAGCCACCGACACCAUUUUAUCCAACUCCAAAUCAAAAAGACGCGGAAACUUAGACGCCAGCGGCUCAUCCCCAACCCAAACGUCCAACCAAAACCUGAUGGACACAUCCGACUCGACCUCCCCUUUGAUCAGCUUAGACAUGUCGACGCCACAUCUUUGCAGUUCGCUAAAAGCGUUAUGAAUCUGUUUCUGCGUACCUGCACUCGAAAGCCUAGUUGGGAUAUAGUUCCAAGUUCGAGAGGAAUGUUGAAUUGCCCAAAUUACCCCUCUCCACAAACCACCAUCAUUUUGUUCAAAACGCCACCACCAUUUAGCCAACAUAGUGGGGUUCGCGUCCCGAAGAGACCCAAACCCAAUGCCCCCCCAUAUUCCACAGGCGCUAUUACUUUUUGACAAGCCACCCAAUUCAUCUUCGCCUUUUCAUCCGAACCAACCCAGAAAAAGACCCUACGCAUCCGGUCCAAAGCCUCUAUGGCUUUAUCAGGCCCGAUACAAGGAGAAAUAAUAGGUCGGAAGCGAAUUUAGCACCGACUUAAUGAGCGUAACCCGCCCCCCAAAAGAUAGGGUUUUUGCCUUCCACAAGGACAAGCUACUCCUAAAAGCAUCAAUCACCGGAUCCCAAUGUUUGCCGAUAUGCUUCUUGUGAUGGUGAGCGUGAAAUCUAGACGGGUUCCUGGUGCUAUGACAGAUGAAGAGUUAAUUUCCACGAGUGAUGAACGGGUUGUUGAUCAAGAUUUGUAUGAUGACGUGUUGACCGCUGAAGUUGGAUUCAGCACUUAAGAUGGGAAACCAAUAUGAAGUACGUGAAAACGAAGAACGUGAUCACGAACAUGAAAAUGGUAAUGUGGGUUCGUCAGCAACUAAAGACAAGAAAGGUUGGUUCGGAUGGAACAAAAAAGGUUAAAAAACCAAUGCUAACGAUGAUCAUGAAGAUUCGAUGAUUUUUCGUAAGUUUUCAAAGCUGAACGGAAGUCAAAAGUCAAAAUGCGAUAAUGUAAGUAUUCAAAUGGACGACGACGGGGAAGGUAACAAAGUGAAAGAUAAAAAUGGUAAGAAGAAACGAUCUACAACAGACGUUAAGCAUGAAAGUGAGUAUAAAAAAGGGUUAACACCCGUUUUGUGGUUAACCCCGGAUAGCUUUUGCCUUUUUACUAGACACUUUAGCCAAUAAGGUGAAAGGCGAUUACGGGAGCUUUUAACCGCUAAAUUACCUCAUGGCAUGUUCCUGGUCAAGAUCGCUGUUCCAGUCGUGCCAACAAUUAAGGUUCUUGUAACAUUUACAAAAUUUGAGGAAUCUUCACCCGAGGAAUUUUCUUCGCCUCUAUCGAGCCCGGCCCAUUUUCAAGAUGUGAAAACUAAAGAACCAGAAGGGUCUGGUUCAUGGAUUUCAUGGAUGAAAGGAAGCCAUGGAGGUCAAUCAAGUGACAAUGAAGUGUGCAGCUUUAAAGAUGAAACCGACCCGUUUAACAUACAACCUGAUUACACGUGGGUCGAUGCCAAACGAAGAAUGAAACCGAAGAAAGCCAAGAGCAAGAAACACAAGAAGCAAUCAGCAAGAAAUGCUGAAAUUGGUGGACAAAGAUUAAAUGAAGAUUUGGAAUAAAUGUGGUUAAAUUUGGUGUAAAGAUGCAUAAUCUUCUUGUUUUUCCAUUGCUGUAACUUGUAAUUUAAAGUUUAAAGUAUGAUGGUGAAAA